GCGAGUAUAAAUGUGGGGACUUAAGACUCGCGCCGUUUGCAAACUGACACAUUGUUCCAGCGGAGGAGAAAGGCGAAGAGAAGCAGUUGUCAUGAUAGUGAAGAUCACAACAUUAGCAUUGCUGCUGGAUUUCGCCUCAAGUUUUGAGAGACAUAGACCGUGCGAUCGCGAACAACAUGAGUGGUCGUUUCCUUUCGAUAAUUACGGACGUGCUUGGCCAGCCUCAAGUGCAGCAGUCGGUGGCGACGUAGAAGGAGAACUACAAUGGCUACCUGGACUCCCAGGUUACCGCGAAGAAGGAGAACAUAACGGACAUGGCUACGGCAGUGUUGCAGCGGCUGUAUGUGGUGACAAAGAGAAGGAAAAAGAUUAUGAACAUGGGCGUAUUGCCAUCGGAAGCGCUGCUGCAGCUGCUUCUAUCUCAGCUGUAACUGGCGGUAUAGAAUUGCCACCUAGACAUCUGGAUAACCACCAAGAGGGAAAAAAUUAUGGACACAGCUAUGAUGGUGUUGUAGCCACUUCCAGUGCAGCUGUACGUGGUGGCAUCGAGAAAGAAAACGAUUUUGAACACGGAGGACUUACCAAAGGCAGUGUUGCAGCUGCUUCUACCGCAGCCGUCGCUGUUGGCGUUUCAAGGGAAGAACACUGUAAACACGAAAAACUUGACAACCCGAGUGCUGCAGACGUUUCAAGAUCAUACCAAGACAGUGAUGCCAAGGAGGGAAAACAAAAAGGUUAUAGGUAUCCAAACUAUGGCACUAUUACAGCUGCUUCCAGUGCAGCUGCAGCUGCUGGUAGUGACUUUCGCGGAGAACCACAUUGUGGAUGUAACAUUCCUGCCCGAAGCACUGCUGUGGCUGCUUCUAGCGCUUCUAGAAGGGGAGACCAAAACGGACCACAUUACCCAGGUUACAUAUACCCCGAAAAUGCCAGAACCUCUGCUGCUGCAGCUGCAGAUUUUGGUAAUGGCGUUAAUUCCAAAGAAUCAUACUGGGGUUAUGACAUCACUGAAAAUGGUGGUGUUUACAGAAAUCCAUACUUGGAACAUAGGUAUCCUGGCUACCUCAGUGGAUUAGCUGUUUCUAGUGCAGCUGUUAGUGCUCUGACCCAAACAGGGCCAUACUUGGGACAUGGUUAUCCUGGCUACCCCAGUGGAUCAGAUGAUUCUAGUGCAGCUGCUAGUGCUCUGAUGCAAGGAAGGCCAUACUUAGGACAGGGAUAUCCUGGCUACCCCAGUGGAUCAGCGGUUUCUAGUGCAGCUGCUAGUUCUCUGACCCAAGGAGGGCCAUACUUGGGACAUGGUUAUCCUGGCUAUCCCAGUGGAUCAGCUGUUUCUAGUGCAGCUGGUAGUGCUCUGACACAAAGAGGUCCAUACUUAGGACAUGGAGAUCCUGGCUACCCCAGUGGAUCAGCUGUUUCUAGUGCAGCUGCUAGAGCUCUGAUGCAAGGAGGGCCAUACUUAGGACAGGGAUAUCCUGGCUACCCGAGUAGAUCAGCGGUUUCUAGUGCAGCUGCUAGUUCUCUGACCAAAGGAGGGCCAUACUUGGGACAUGGUUAUCCUGGAAAUCCCAGUAGAUCAGCUGUUUAUAGUGCAGCUGGUGGUGCUCUGGCCCAAAGAGGGCCAUACUUGGGACAUGGAUAUCCUGGCUACCCCAGUGGAUCAGCUGUUUCAAGUGCAGCUGGUGGUGCUCUUACCCAAAGAGUACCAUACUUGGGACAUGGUUAUCCUGGCUACCCCAGUGGAUCAGAUGUUUCUAGUGCAGCUGCUAGUCCUCUUAUGCAAGGAGGGCCAUACUUAGGACAGGGAUAUCCUGGCUACCCCAGUGGAUCAGCGGUUUCUAGUGCAGCUGCUAGUUCUCUGACCCAAGGAGGGCCAUACUUGGGACAUGGUUAUCCUGGCUAUCCCAGUGGAUCAGCUGUUUCUAGUGCAGCUGCUAGUUCUCUGACCCAAGGAGGGCCAUACUUGGGACAUAGUUAUCCUGGAAAUCCCAGUGGAUCAGCUGUUUCUAGUGCAGCUGGUGGUGCUCUGGCCCAAAGAGGGCCAUACUUGGGACAUGGUUAUCCUGGCUACCCCAGUGGAUCAGCUGUUUCUAGUGCAGCUGCUAGUGCUCUGACCCAAAGAGGUCCAUACUUAGGACACGGAGAUCCUGGCUACCCCAGUGGAUCAGCUGUUUCUAGUGCAGCUGCUAGAGCUCUGAUGCAAGGAGGGCCAUACUUAGGACAGGGAUAUCCUGGCUACCCCAGUGGAUCAGCGGUUUCUAGUGCAGCUACUAGUUCUCUGACCCAAGGAGGGCCAUACUUGGGACAUGGUUAUCUUGGAAAUCCCAGUAGAUCAGCUGUUUCUAGUGCAGCUGGUGGUGCUCUGGCCCAAAGAGGGCCAUACUUGGGACAUGGUUUUCCUGGUUACCCCAGUGGAUCAGCUGUUUCAAGUGCAGCUGGUGGUGCUCUUGCCCAAAGAGUACCAUACUUGGGACAUGGUUAUCCUGGCUACCCCAGUGGAUCAGAUGUUUCUAGUGCAGCUGCUAGUGCUCUUAUGCAAGGAGGGCCAUACUUAGGACAGGGAUAUCCUGGCUACCCCAGUGGAUCAGCGGUUUCUAGUGCAGCUGCUAGUUCUCUGACCCAAGGAGGGCCAUACUUGGGACAUGGUUAUCCUGGCUAUCCCAGUGGAUCAGCUGUUUCUAGUGCAGCUGCUAGUUCUCUGACCCAAGGAGGGCCAUACUUGGGACAUAGUUAUCCUGAAAAUCCCAGUGGAUCAGCUGUUUCUAGUGCAGCUGGUGGUGCUCUGGCCCAAAGAGGGCCAUACUUGGGACAUGGUUAUCCUGGCUACCCCAGUGGAUCAGCUGUUUCUAGUGCAGCUGCUAGUGCUCUUACCCAAAGAUCUCCAUACUUAGGACACGGAGAUCCUGGCUACCCCAGUGGAUCAGCUGUUUCUAGUGCAGCUGCUAGAGCUCUGAUGCAAGGAGGGCCAUACUUAGGACAGGGAUAUCCUGGCUACCCCAGUGGAUCAGCGGUUUCUAGUGCAACUGCUAGUUCUCUGACCCAAGGAGGGCCAUACUUGGGACAUAGUUAUCCUGGAUAUCUCAGUGGAUCAGCUGUUUCUAGUGCAGCUGCUAGUGCUCUGACCCAAACAGGGCCAUACUUCAGACAUGGAUAUCCUGGCUACCCCAGUGGAUUAGCUGUUUCUAGUGCAGCUGGUGGUGCUCUGGCCAAAAGAGUGCCAUACUUGGGACAUGGAUAUCCUGGCUACCCCUGUUAAUCGGCUGAUUCUAGUGCAGCUGGUGGUGCUCUGACCCAAUGAGGGCCGUACCUGGGACAUUGAUAUCUGGUUAUCCCAGUGGAUCAACAGUUUCUAGGGCAUCUGGUAGUGCUUAGUCCCAUGAAUGGCCUUUCUUGGGCCAGGGUAUCCUGUUCAUCCCAGUAGAAAACCUGCUUGUGGUGCAGCUGGAAUUGCUCUGAUCCAUAUAGGGAAAUACUUGGGACAGAUUCAUCCUGGAUACAACAGUGCUUCAGCUGCUUCUAUUGCAUCUGUAGUAAAUGGUAUCCACAGCUGUGCAUGCUGGAUACAUGGAUAUCGCUCAUACGGAAUAGGUCCAACUCUAACUAGCGCAAUUCAAAAUUGUAGCCGGUUUGGAACACCGUACUCAGGAAACGAUAUCCCACGAUACAGCAGAGCUUCAGUUACUUUUGGUUUUCCCGAAGGAGGUGGCUUGUUUGGAGGUCAGUCUUGGAGACAUAGUUACCCUGGUAAUUGUUGUGGUUCAUUUGUUUCGAUGCCUUCUAUUCACCGACUGUAAAAGUUGAUUAAAUUAUGUCAAAAAAAUUUUGCCAGUGUGUUUUUAAUAAAAAAAACCUACUGUGUUAGGUGUAUAUAUACAACACGAUUAUUAACUCCUAUAAUCAAAAGCAUAUCAUAUAACACAAAACAAUAAUUCGAUAUUAUAAUAUUAUUAGAGUUUAAAACUGAAAUAUUUCCGAAAUAUUACACAAUUAACGAUAUCUGGAAACUUAUUUCGACAUUGGAUCUAAUAACAGAAGUUCGGUCUCUUGAAAUAUGGAGUUUAAUUACAGUUUAUAUAUGCCUCGCUGUUUUAAUUCAAAAGAUUUUUGUAUUAAAAAGACAAUAAUCAUGUUAUAAUUUGUUGUGAAAUUGUCAAAUAAAAUAUGUUCCAUAUUAUAUAUACACUUAGUAAGGAACGCUAACUUAAUUAUGUUCAAGUUUAACACUAGGCUUACCAUCAUUGCCUACCCCCCUGGUCUUACCAAAGCAGUCAUUUUGACUGUUUUUUAUAUUUCUUUAGUAAAUAUGUAAUAAUAUAUUUUUAAUGAAAUGCACUUGACUAAAAUAAAAUUAAACAAGAAAUUCAAUGUGUAGAACAAUUUUAUAGUUGUUAUUUUUUUCUGACAUUUUUUAAACAAGAUGAGAUAAAAUAAAAUUAUCAGCAAAAAAUAUUAUUAUACAAUAUUACCAAUUCACAUUUUUCAUAUAUAUUUAAUUU